AUGGAUGCACUCAAGGUUCUUGAUCUUUCCAGAAAUCCUAUCAAGAGUCUUCCAAUUUCCUUGUCGAAGUGUCCCUGGCUCACAACAUUGUUGUUUUGUCAUUGUCUUAUAGAAAGUAUUCCAGAAAGCUUCUUCGAUGAUACGAAUGAACUCAAGAUUCUUGAUCUUUCCUUCAAUCCUAUUAAGAGUCUUCCGCAUUCCUUAUCAAAUUUGAAGAACCUCACUUCAUUGUUGCUUGCUGAUUGUGAAGAUUUAGGGAAUUUUCCAUCGUUGUCAAAUCUUGGAGUUUUAGAAAAGUUGGAUCUUCGACGAACAAAGAUCAAGGAAAUCCCGAAUGGAGUACUUUCAAGACUUUGUUGUCUUCAUGAAUUGAUCGUAGGUGGGACUCUGAUAAAUGGAAAGGAGGUUGGUGGAUUGAAGAAACUGCACGGAACUCUUGAAGGGAGGUUUUACGACUGGCACGACUUAAAUAUGUAUCUCCAAGCUUGUCGUGGCCGAGAAGAGCCUCGUAAAUACAUAAUCUAUGUGGGAGAUGCAAGAUAUCUAUGCUUCAUGAAGAUGCAAGUAAAGAAAUUGUUUGAAGAAUACCCGCUUUUCUCCAGGUUUAUCCUCUUCUCAAUUGGCUCCUUUUCAUCUCUUAAAUGUCUUGAUAUGUAUGAUUGUGGGAAUAUGAAAAAGUUGUUCUCCCCAAACUGUGUGCCGCUAAAUUUACAAGAGCUCAGUGUUGGUGCGUGUAAGCAAUUGGAGGAAAUAAUAACAUCAGAAGUUGAACAGGAGGAAAGAGGAAUGUUUAUCACGGAGUUUCAUCUUCCACAAUUACGGCUAUUGUGGUUGAGUGAUCUACCGGAAUUGAAGAGCAUUUGCAGUGCUGGUGGAGUACUGGUUUGUGAUUCUCUUGGAGAAAUUGGGAUUGAAAACUGUCCAAGAUUAAAAAGGAUGAGUCUUAAUGUUCCCAAACUUGAUAAUGUCCCACCAUCUGCAUCUGCAUCUGCAAAUUUCUAUCUUUCAGUUCGGAUAAGACCAAAGAAGUGGUGGGAAUCAGUGGAAUGGGAUGGUCCCCAACCCAAGUCUCUUUUGGACCCCUUCGAAAUAAUAACAUCAGAUGUUGAAGCUGAGGAAAGAGGAAUGGUUACCAUGGAAUUUCAUCUUCCACGAUUAAGGGUACUGUUGUUGAAACAUCUACCUGAAUUGAGGUGCAUUUGCUGUGCUGAGGGAGUGAUGAUUUGUGAUUCUCUAGAUAAAAUCUCGGUACAAGAUUGUCCGAAGUUGAACAGGAUGGCUCUUCAAGAUGCAGAAUAA